GUCCUGAGCUUGCCCUUUGACCUGCCUUGUCCCUCGAAAUAUCCCAGGAGAGAGAGACGCGACUGCGAUCGACACCGACCCUCUUCACAGCAAUGUCCGCACCGACGAACGCGACAGAGUCCCCCGCCCCCGCCCCCGCCGCCCCCGCCGCGACCGUCACGACCGGACAGCAACCACAGCCCGUCGCGGUCGCCGUUGCGGUUGCGUCGCCUGCUACUGCUCCUGCAACGCCUCAGCCUGUCGCGCAGCCGUUCAACGCCGUUCAAUACGCUGCUGCGCACGCUCAGGCUUUGCCCGUUGGCGCGUCGCCUGGUGCUCAGUAUCUACCCGCUCAAGUCCAAGUCCAGCAACCGACCGUGAUCCCGACCCAGAAGAAGUCGAAACCGCAAAAGAUCUUUCAGUGUACUGGGUUUGGCGACUGUCGGAUGGUUUUUACGCGUUCUGAGCACUUGUUGCGUCACAUUCGUAAGCACACCGGUGAACGCCCUUUCAAAUGCCACUGCGGCCGCACCUUCUCCCGCCUCGACAACCUCCGCCAACACGCCCAAACCGUCCACGCAAACGAACUCAUGACCCAACACACCCUCGCAGACCCCUACUCCUCCACCGCCACGACAUCCGUCCUCCACCCCGCGUUCUUACCACCCGGGAUGACUCUCCCCGGCGGCCUGGUCCCAGUUCCGAUGCAGAUGAACGGACAACUCCCACCGGGCGCAAUCCCGCUCGAUCCCAAUUUUGCGGCACAAGCACAAGCACAAGCACAAGCGGCGGCUGGUGGCAAGUGGACAAAACCAAAAUCCAAAAACCAAGCCCCCGUCCUCCUCCAACACCCCUACGCCACAUCCCCCAUCGGCCCAGACGGGCAACCCCUCCCCGUGUCGCCCACUCAAUACAUCCAGUACGCACACUCGCCCUAUCCAGUCGGCGGGAAACCUAUGGCCGUCCCCGUCGGAUACGGCGUCCCGGGCUCGCCGGGACAGUGGAGAGCUGCGGCUGCUGCGGCGGCGGGUGGGAUGGGGUUGCCGCUUGGGAUGGGUGGGGGGCAAGGGUAUGCGCUGCCGCCUGGCUAUCCGUAUGUCAUGGCGACGACGCCGGAGAUGACUGCUGCCGCUGCUGAGGGCGGCGGCGUGGAAAAGAAGGGUGAUGACGCCACUACUCCCGCCGGCGCCGCCGCCGCCGUCGCUGGGGAAGAAGUCAAGAAGGACGAGACUGCUGCCUCACCGGUUGUCGCCGGCGGCGGUGAUGCGGAGACAACGGACGAACCACCCGUCGGGUCAGCUGCUGCUGCUGCUGCUGCUGCUGCUGCGGCAGGUGGGAUGCAAGGUCUUGAGGCAUUGAUGGAGGCUGCGGACGCGGCGAGGGUAAACGAAAAAGAUAAGGACGCGAGUGGUGAGGAUGCUGCUGUCGCGGCUGCUAUUGCUGCUGCGGCUGCUGCUGCUGCGAUUGGGUUGCCGCAGCAUGUGCCUGCCCCUGUGGAGCAGGAGGAGCCGGUGGUGGAGCAGGUUGUUGUUGCGCAUGCUGAGCCUGUUGGGCAGGAGGAGGGUGAGGUUGGAGAGAAUGUUGGUGAGGCUGCGGCUGCGGCGGUUGCUGUUGAGGAGACUGCUUAGGCGAGGAGGAUGAAAGGUGUAGAUUGAUUUGGUACGAAGUAUGGGCGGGCGUUCUUUCACGUUUUGCAAAGUUGUCUUGUGUGUGUGUGUGUUUGUGAU